AUGAUCAGGCAAGGACAGAUCAUAUUGGAAGAGCUCUUACAGAUGGGACCUAUGGAUAAACUUGCGAAUAUUUGUCCAAAGUGCUUUGGCCCCCCAGUUCCCGGAAAGACACCGGACGAGCCAGAUUAUAUUUUAUGCAUGGACGGAAAUUUUCAACAUCGUAGACACCUUUCAGCCAGCCAAGAACUUCAUCAAUCUCGCAAGCCUACCACGCUCUUCAUUUCUCCGGCCGAGGUUCAGGAAAUGGAAUUGAGUAUGGUAUCCAGUCAAAACACAUUGGCAGCAGAUGAAACCUUAGACCAAUGUACUGAACAACACACAGCAGCCAAUGAUACCAGGGGGGCUGCAACAUGGAAGGCUUGUGAUGACACUGGCAUCUUUGGGUUGGCAUGUCGUCAUGACCAAAUCUUGAGGCUAAUCAACAUAGUUCAAAGUGGUGAAAAUGAAGAACGCCAGGGAAACCAGUUGAUGUUUGGAACAAGUGUUUUCCACGCUUAUGUUCAUCAAUGGUCAUGUCAGCUGCAAUAUAACCCUAGGCUCAACAAUGGAUGGGGGAUGUCGGAUGGUGAAGGAAUGGAGCGGAUUUGGGCUUAUUUAUCUCCUCUGAUCAGCUCCCUAAGGUAUUCGACCAAGACUCAUAGACUUGUGGCAUUAGAUCUACGGUCUUCCCAUCACAAUGAUACUGGUAAAACAAAUUCAGUCAGAUUGCUCUUAGAUCGUGGUAAACAGGUGGAAGAAGCAAUGAAAACUGCCCUUGAAAAACUUAAGGAAAUCGAAGACAAUUUUGGUCACUCCACAGUUUACUUGGCUGACCAAUGGAUCCGACAAAGAGAGUGUCAACUAUCGGCAAUGGAGACUGAGUCUGAAAGAGAUAUGAUGAGACAAGUUGAGGAACUUGUUGAGUUGGAAGACCAACUUCGGGAUACACAGUAA